UGUAUGCUGGUGAGGAAUCGAUCAGUAUCGAUAUCUCGUCAUACUCGAUCUCGAUCGACGAUGAUCCCGAGCAAUUAUAUCAACAGCAGCAAUGUCCUCUUAUUGAAAACCCCCCGACUUUCAGGUUAAGGGCUUUCAGACUGGGGGCUUUCAGGUCAAUGGACACUGGCUAUCUCACUCGUUCGAUAGUUCAGUAUGUCUCCAUCACUUGUUUUGAGUGUGACUUUUACCCUUGCCGUUGUCACUCACGUCCUCCAUCCUUAUGGGAAUAUCAAGUCCCUUCUCUUCCUACUUCUGUUUCCUAUUUUCGUUCUUCGUGUCAACAUGCGCAGACUUCAUUCCACGAUUGUUUCUUUCAUCCACUAACGGUGUCUGCCAGGUGGAGACAACGUCGCCAAUCCGUGCGUGAAUUGCGAGAUAAGGACCAGGAAGUUCGAGCGGAGUACAGACGUUUAAGAGAACUCGAGCAGCAGAUUAAGGAUCGCCAACCGCCAC